AUGAUAACUCUUUUUUUAUUACUUGUACUCACACGAACUUAACCAUGUUCAGCUCCCUAGUCAUUUAUUACUAGCACUAUAAUCGGAGUCUGCUCACCAGACAACUCGGUUGAUACCUACUCUUACCCUUUAACCAUCUCGAGUGGCAAUGAAUUUACAGUCAGUGGCUGGUUCCAAUUGGAUAAUAAAGGGACUGAUAAGCAAGGAUUAUUCAGUGUUUAAUAGAAUGGAAUGAGAAUCGGAAUGGUUGUGCAUGAUGAAAUCGUCGACUUCCUCUACGAAACUCAAACUGUGUCUAAGCCUUUUGUCUACACAGUGAAGAGAUGGUUUCUCGCAGUAGCCACACUUAGUUACAGCACUGGCUACGUCAACUUUUACGUAUGGUUACCAAUGAACGACAUAAGAAUAACCCAGGCUCCGACAUCAGUGGGGGUUAAUUUUAAUACACCAAUAACCAGUGAUGCCAAAUUGAAUCUCAUGUAUUUCAAUACAAAUACUAUUUUUUGUGGGCGAGCCAAUAAUGUACUAUUUUAUGAUGGUUAUUAUGAAAAUGACAAUAAUUACAAUUGGAUCAAUUUAGCAUUCCUUGGAAAUUCCAUCGAAAACAUCUAUCACUUCACAUUUGAAGACUAAAUUGGGCAAAAAGUAAAAGGAUCCCAAAAUAACGGUUAUCUAGGAUCGACAAGAGGAGUUGACAUUGGCGACCCAACCCCUGGCUAAUACAUUCAGCUCUCUUCAUCCCAAUAUGUCACUCUUCCCAGUGCCCUUCUUAGUAGCACUCACUAAUCUAUUAGCUUCUGGUAUUGGUCUAAUAUAGUUGUGAACACCGAUGCCUUUGUGGAACCAGUAGGUGAUACAACCAAAGAAGCCAUCAUCAUCAGAAGAGUCUAUGGAGGUUCUCAAGAUUAAUUUCAGAUUUUGUCGACAGCCACUGCUCCCUAUACAAUCAAGUUGAAUUACGGAUCAGUCAAAUCACCAAUAUCUCUCACUCCUACUGUCACUGGCUCCACUUGGACUUACAUUUCGAUUGCUUCAGCAUAUGUUGAUGCUAAUCUUGGAAUUAGUAAAAUCUAUUUCAGUGCUUAUGUCAAUGGAGCCAUUUAGACCCACACUCAGUCUUCACUUGCCAUUAAGUUUGAUGAGAGUGCUAAUGAUGUUAUAUUUGUUGGAGAUUUAAAGAAUGCUUUUACAUCUGGAACCAUGAGAUUGGCUCACUUAGAUAUUAGAUCUGGCUAUGUAAAUUAUUAUAGUGCUAGUACGGUUAAAUGCAAGACUAACUGUCUGCAUUCUAUCAAUUCUUAUACUCAAUAGCAAUGUUAUAAAUGUUCUAAUUUCUUAUAGAGUGGUUCCUGUGUUGCUAGUUGUGUUGCUGGUCCUACUGGAUAUCCAUCAGCUAUAUUGCCACUUUGUAGAUCUUGUAUUUAUCAAUGUAAGGAGUGUUCAAGUGCUGCUGUUUGUACAAGUUGUAACAAUGGAUACUACUUGUAAACCUCAAAUUGCGUGUUGGCAUCAAAUUGCAAUGUUGGAUAUUUGGCAGAUCCUGUAUCAAAAAAAUGUACCUAAUGUGGCGAUGGUGUUUUAUAAGGAGCUGAAUAAUGCGAUGAUGGUAAUUUUAUAAAUGAUGAUGGAUGCACAAAUUGCAAUAUUGAUACUAACUAUUCUUGCAGUGGAGCUCCUAGUCAUUGUCAAUCGAAAUGUGGUAAUUCUGUUUUGGAUACUGGUGAAUAAUGUGAUAUUGGUUAAUUGUUUAUUAAUGGUUGCAUCAAUUGUUAAUUAGAAGCUGGAUAUUAUUGCUCUGGCACUACAUGUAAAUUACUCUGUGGAGAUGGAAAGAGAGUAAAUGAGGAUUGUGAUGAUAAUAAUUCUGUCAGCAAUGAUGGUUGUUCAUAAUGCAAAGUAGAUUUUGGAUAUCAAUGUAAUGGAGGAUCAUCAACGAAUAAGGAUACAUGUUCAAAGUAGUGUUCAAAUGGGAUCCUAGAUUAGACUGAAUAGUGUGAUGACAACAACUCAAAUAAUAAUGAUGGAUGCGGAUAUUGUAGAAUUCAACUUGGAUAUUAGUGUACAAAUAAUGUAUGUAUAAGUCUAUGUGGAAAUGGUUUGAUUGAUGAUCUAGAAUAAUGUGAUGAUAAUAAUUCUUUAUUGGGUGAUGGAUGUUCUUAUUGUUUGAUUGAUUAUGGAUACAAAUGUGAUCAAACAUUGACCUAAUGUGAUUCUCUUACAGUUACAUGUGGAGAUUCCUAUAAGAGUUUAAGUGAGUAAUGUGAAGAUGGAAAUCUUGAAGUUGGUGAUGGUUGUUCUGAGACAUGUUUAAUUGAGCCUGGCUUUACUUGUGUCUAAGGAUUGUACAGGUACUCUUUGAGCAUAUGCUAACCAACAUGUGGAGAUGGGAUUAAAAAGGACAAGGAAGAAUGUGAUGAUGGAAAUCUAAAGGAUGGAGAUGGAUGCAGCAGAAUUUGUAAGAUAGAAACAAAAUGUGGUAAUUCAAUCAGAGAAUCAAAUGAAUUUUGUGAUGAUGGUAAUUAAAUUGAUAUGGAUGGCUGUACUAAUUGUAUUCCUGAUCCUGGUUACAGUUGUAAUCUGAUUGAAGGAGGUACUGUUGAUAAAUGCAAUAAAUGUCCAGACAAUUGUGAUUCUUGCACUUCUGAUGGUCAACAAUGUUUAUAUUGUUUUAAUGGAUAUGCUCUUUAUAAUUAUGAGUGUUAUUCCUAAUGUCCCUAGAGCUAUUAUUAUAAUGAUAUUUGUUUAGCCUGUCCUGAAAAUUGCCUAGAAUGUUAUGCUAAUGUUUGUACUCAAUGCAGCAUGAGUACUUAUUUAUUUAAGGAAUAAUGCAUCCAACAAUGCACAGAUGGAUAUUUUGAAUAAUAAAAUGGUGUAUUGGGCAAUAGUUGUAUCAAAUGUUAUGCUCCAUGCAAUAUCUGUCAAAAUGAAGUUGUCUGUGAUGAAUGUGAUGAUGGAUACAGAAUAGAAGAUGGUUCAUGUGUUUCUUGUAAUUUUGAUAAGAAUUGUAUUAAAUGUGACGUUGACGAUUGUCUUGAGUGUGAAAUUGGAUAUCAACCUGACGGAUAAGAAUGUAUUAAAAUAGAUCCAGAUUGUGGAGAUGGUUUGCAUGCACUCUCAGAACAAUGCGAUGAUGCUGAUCUCUCAGGUGGAUGUGUCAAUUGUAAGAUUAAAAGUGGAUACAAUUGCAUUUUAGAACAAAAUGAAGGUCCUGAUAUUUGUUAUGAAUUAAAGCCUGUUGAAGUGUCAGCAUACAUAGAUGAAAUCCACUUUGAUAAACUCUAUUUAGAAUUCAAUCGACCUUUAUCUUAAAUGUACAAUUACACUGAAUUACUAUUAAUCAACAUUCCUGAUCUGCCUGAUUACUAGUAUGAAAUCAAAUAAUUAGACCUGUAUAUCAUUGAAAUUACCUUUACUUAUUAUGACACUGUCUAACACAUAUAUGCAUCUCUCAACUUUACUCAACCCAACAAUAUUGAAGAUAAAUUUGGUUGGUCACUUGUUGGCUAGGCUAAUGAUUCAAAUAGUAAGAUAGCCAAAUACGGAUUGAUCAAAACUGAACUCAAUUAUUUCAUUUAUUAUACUGAUGAUGAAGUCUACUUCAGUGACACUCUCAGUUAUAUUACCUUAUCAUUUCUUAUCCUAAGUUUGAUAUCAGCCUUUAGUUAUUCUUAUAAGAUUGGAAAUGGUUAAGUGUGGCAAAUAAUAGAAUCAUUAUAAUUGAUUUCUUUAUUGAGAUUAAUAAAAUUGAGAUAUUCUUUACAUAUUGAUAAAGUAUUUGAUGUGUUAAACUAUUGUAAUUUUUCAUUCAUUCCUAAUUUAUUCCUCCUAAUGAUUGAUGUGCCAAAAUAAAACACAAUUAAAUUUUAAAUUGAAGACUACCCUUCACAAUUCUUAUUGAAUGCUGGUGGAAGAUACAUAAGCUUUAUCAUUUAUGCCUUAGUACUUUGGAUUGGUGUUAAAAUACUAAUUAAACUAAUUCAUUGGGAACCCAUUCUAAAUAGACUAGAAGAUAUUGAUGAAUAUAUGAAAUUCUAAGCAUUUGUUAGAAUGUAUGAAAUGAUGUUUCUUGAUUUAAUGGUCUCCUGUAUUUAGACCUUUCAGAAUUACUCUACUACCUUUGACAUCAUCAAUUUGGUUCUUGCUGCUAUAUUCAUUGUUUUAUCUAUCGUUGCUUUUGUUUUGACAUACAGAUUUAUACUCAGACAUAAUGAUGCUUAUACGUUUGAAUGGCUGCACAUAUAUCUUGGCAAUUUAUAUGAUGGAUAUGAAAUCAGAACAAGGUUUGGAAGACUCUUCAUAUAUGUUCCAUAUGUUAGAAAACUAAUAUAUGCUUGCCUAUUCCUAUUACCUUCUCAGUUCAUCUAGAUUAUAGUUUUGUGUGCACUUAGAAUUGUCAUUUAUUUUCCACUUUACAAAUUCAAUCCUUUUAUUUCCAGAAUCCUAUUAUAUAGGCAGACUAUUUAGGCCAUAUUUGAUACUUUGUGUUUAGUUAGUGGUAUAUUGUAUUUAAACAUUGACGAUUCUAAAUAGAUUAAAGUAUCUGAUGGGUGGUAUAUGAUGAUGGCAAUCCUUAUUACAAUCAUCAAUUAUACACUUUGGAAUAUUGUGCUAAUAUUUGUUAAGGUCAAAUCCCCUAAUUAUUUGUUGGAUGAUUUCGAAUUUGAAGAAGAGCCAAAAUUCAAAAACAAUCAAAUCGUGCCUAUGGGUUACAUACCUCCUGAAGAUGGCUAAAACAAUGCAUAAAUAGUGCCUGAAGGUUAUGAGAAUCCUCCAGAUGUGGGGAUUGCACAAAUAGUUCCUGAGAAACAACCGAAAGAUUAGGAUAUCAUAAGUGUUUCAAGUAAUGUUCAAGAAGCAAAUAAUGUUUAAGAUCCAAUUGAAGAAAAAAAGAGAUUGGAGGAAGAGAGAAAAAGGUAGGAAGAAGAGUAAAGAUUAAAAGAGAAGGAAGAGAGAAAAUAGACUUAUUUGGAAAGGAAAGCUACCCAAAAAUUAAAGCAAUAAGAAGAAGAAAAGGACGAAUUAGUUGAUGAUUUCUUUGGUUGA